GGAAUAGCCGCACCGCAAAGAUUCUAUUACACUUUUGUGCUGUUUAUCUACUCCAACUCAACAACAACCAUUUUAACUCAUUCAACUUCCAUAAUUACCGGUUUGUAGUAGUAAUUUAGUAUAAUCAUCAUCAUCAUCCAUAAUCAUUUCACUGCUGUUGUAAAUGCGACUCUUUAUUUUCACUUCACUUUGACACUCUCAACAGUUUCAACAACUCAUACCUUUCGAUUUCUCCGGCCGGAAAAAUGGGUUUCGUGUUUGGAGUGGUGGUCGGAAUAAUAGUCGGACUCGCCAUCAUUAUCGCCUUUGUCCGCUCCGAAAAUUCCCGCUCCGCCCGUCGAUCCCAGCUCGCUACCACCAUCGCCGCUUUUGCUCGAAUGACCGUCGAAGAUUCUAGAAAGCUUUUACCUUCUCAGUUCUACCCUUCCUGGGUCGUCUUCUCCAAUAGACAAAAAUUAACUUGGCUUAACUCUCAUCUUACCAAGAUCUGGCCCUAUGUUAAUGAAGCUGCUUCUGAGCUUAUUAAGACAUCGGCGGAACCGAUCCUUGAAGAAUACAGACCAAUGAUUUUAUCUGCUCUCAAAUUUUCCAAGUUUACUCUUGGUACUGUUGCACCACAAUUUACAGGGGUGUCUAUAAUUGAAGAUGGAGGAGAUGGUGUUACAAUGGAGUUAGAAGUGCAGUGGGAUGGUAACCCAAGUAUUAUACUUGAUAUUAAAACUCUGGUUGGUCUUGCACUGCCUGUGCAGGUUAAAAAUGUAGGAUUUACGGGCGUCUUCAGGUUGAUUUUUAAGCCACUAGUUAACGAAUUUCCCGGCUUUGGAGCUGUUUGCUAUUCACUAAGGCAGAAGAAAAAGCUGGACUUUACACUAAAAGUCAUUGGUGGUGACAUAUCAACAAUCCCUGGAUUAUACGAUGCAAUUGAGGGGGCAAUCCGGGAUGCUGUUGAAGAUUCUAUUACUUGGCCUGUGAGAAAAAUUGUACCCAUCUUGCCUGGAGAUUACAGUGAUUUGGAGUUGAAGCCUGUGGGGAUAUUAGAAGUCAAGCUUGUGCAAGCAAAGGAACUAACAAACAAGGAUAUCAUUGGAAAAUCAGAUCCAUAUGCUGUACUGUACAUACGACCUUUACGUAACAGAACGAAAAAAAGCAAGACAAUUAACAAUGAUUUGAAUCCAAUAUGGAAUGAACACUUCGAAUUUAUAGUUGAAGAUGCGUCCACUCAGCACUUAUUUGUUAAAGUGUAUGAUGAUGAGGGGUUACAGUCAUCGGAAUUAAUUGGAUGUACUGACAUAAAGCUUAGUGAACUCGAACCUGGCAAAAUAAAAGACGUGUGGUUGAAACUGGUCAAGGAUUUGGAGAUCCAAAGAGAUAACAAGAACAGGGGGCAGGUACAUUUAGAGCUUCUGUACUGUCCUUAUGGCACAGAGAAUAGCUUUACCAACCCGUUUGCACGGAACUACUCAAUGACAUCCUUGGAAAAGGUUCUUAAAGGUUCAUCAAAUGGAAUAGAUUCCAAUGGAAAUGAAAGUGAAGCUGCACAGAGGAAAAAGGAGGUUAUUAUUAGAGGAGUCCUUUCUGUUACUGUGAUAUCAGCCGAAGACUUGCCUGCCGUGGAUUUCAUGGGGAAAUCUGAUCCUUUUGUUGUUCUUACAUUGAAGAAAGCAGAAACAAAGAACAAAACCAGGGUUGUGAACAACAGCUUGAAUCCUGUUUGGAAUCAAACAUUUGACUUUGUUGUAGAGGAUGGAUUACAUGAUAUGCUGCUUGUUGAAGUUUAUGACCACGACACCUUUGGAAAGGAUUACAUGGGCAGAGUGAUAUUGACCCUUACCAGGGCGAUACUGGAAGGGGAAUAUAAAGAACGUUUUGAGCUAGAUGGUGCAAAAUCUGGCUUUUUGAAUUUGCAUCUCAAGUGGAUGCCACAAUCAAUUUACCGUGAUUCUUAAAUUUUCCAUUCUACCUUCGUGACUCUUCUUUAUAGAGGAUGCAGUUGUGGAUAUAUAGACCAUGUUGUCACCUAUUUUUGCACUUUGUAUCUUGAUACACUUACAGCAAGCAAUGUAAAUUUUUGUAUCAUUAAACCUGGUAAAGACAUACAAUCUCUAUAUCAGAUUAUCCUUUCCAUUAUGUACCCUAUGCAAUUUUUAACAUACUCAA